GCAACAGUUCAUUGAUACCGGACGACGUGAAUGCUGUUGGUUUUAUUUUGUUUUAUUGUCAGUUUAGAGAAGGAUCUUUGAAUCAGUUUCUCGUCUCCUGAUUCCCCCCGGAGGCUGCUGUUACAAACGUACUCAGUCUUCAUGGCACCCCGAAAAAAGAACGCCCCACCCAAAAAACUCCCUGAAGGCUUCAUAGUGACAGACGGGGAGAAGAAGAAAUGGCGUCUGGGGGGAGUGAUCGGUGAAGGUGGCUUCGGCCUGAUUUAUCUGGCCUCCCAGGAUGUAAACCAACCCGUUGCAGAGGACUCAGACUUCGUCAUAAAAGUGGAGUACCACGAGAACGGGCCGCUGUUCUCCGAGCUCAAGUUCUACCAGAGGGCAGCCAAACCCGAGAGCGUGGAACGAUGGAAGAGAGGAAGGAAGCUGGACUUCCUGGGUAUCCCGCGGUACUGGGGAUCAGGACUGGCUGAACACGGAGACCUCAGGUAUCGCUUCAUGGUCAUGGACCGGCUGGGCAGCGAUCUCCAGAAGCUCUGCAGGGCCAGCGGAGGCCGCAUGAAGAAGGACACGGCGCUCCGGAUCGGCCAAAGGGCGGUGGACGUGCUGGAGUAUAUCCACGACAACGAGUACGUCCAUGCAGACAUCAAAGCUGCCAACUUCAUGCUGGGUCACCGGGACCCCCAACAGGUCUACCUGGCAGACUACGGGCUCUCCUACAGAUACUGUCCUGACGGAGUCCACAAAGACUACAAAGAAAACCCCAAGAAGGGACACAAUGGCACCAUCGAGUACACCAGCCUGGACGCCCACAAAGGAGCCGCCCCAUCAAGACGAGGGGACCUUCAGAUUCUGGGUUUCUGUCUCCUUCACUGGAUCCAUGGCUCUCUGCCCUGGGACGGCCUUCUCAAGAACCCCCUCCAGGUCCAGGAGGCCAAAGCCCGGCUGAUGGGGAAUCUGCCCGGCUCCGUCCAGCAGCUGUCGGGGAGUGGAGCCAGCACAGAUGAGGUGUCCUCGUUGCUCCAGUACCUGACAACGCUGGACUACAAAGACAGACCGGACUACCAGCGUGUCAGAGAGCUGCUGGGCGGCUCCGCCCGAGGCCCGCUGGACUUCUCCGGGCCGGACGGCCCCGGGGGGUCGGCCUGCACGGACCCCCGCGCCCCGGAGCCCCGCGCCAGAGGAAAGAAGCCGGCAGGACCAGCCAGGGCUCCGCCCAAAACCCCGUCCAGAACCCCGGCCAGAGCCGGGCCGGCGCCUGCAGAUGUGGACCAGGAGGAACCGGACCAGGUCAAGCCCAAACCGGUGCCGGCCCGCUACAGACGAGGCCCGCCCCCCUCUAAGCCUCCGGCUCAGCAGAAAGAAGACGUCUCUGCUGGCAGACCAGGGCUGAGGCCCAGGACGGCUCGCCGUUACCACGACGACUCCAGCGAGCAGGAGGAGACUGAGGACGAGGAUGAGGAGGACGAGGAGGAGGAGGAUGAGGAGGAGGAGGAUGAUAGACCCAAGCCCAUCCCAAAGCGCUACCUCAGGGGCCCCCCCAUCGGGCCCCCCAGGGGCCCCGGGGCUCCGUCCAAACAGUCCAACAGGAGCCGCGGGGACACGGAGGACGUGAUGUCAGCGCGGCGGGACCCCCGGCUCCACCCACAGCUCCGCCCACAGCUCCGCCCACGCACCAGUAAACCAGCAACACGGCGCAGCUGCAAGGAGGGAUGGGAGGAGGACGGCCGUCCCGGAGCAGGACCGGGAGACGACCGGGGACCACCAGCUGCUGCCACUCACUCAGGGUGGACGUCCUGCCUCGUCUGCCUCAUCUGUCCCUGCGUCUUCAUCAUCAUCAUCUGCGCCGCCGUCUGGCUGCAGUUCACCACAGUUCAUCCAAACCCAUUCCGCUGACUUUCUCCUGCGUCUGCUGCGGCCGUCAGGUCCUCAGGUCCUCAGGACCGCGGAGCGUUCAUCUUCACCGUGAUCGGCUGGAAUACAAGCAGAGAAACUGUUGAUUAAUGGGAUGUGUGAAAUAAAAAGCAGUGGCUAAUGAAAAUUGAGCCGGUGGUUUAUUGAGACCCAGCGGGGGUGCGGGCUCCGCCGGAGGGCCCGGUCAAGCCUACCUUACUGCAGUAGGGACACUCUCCAAACACCAGGUUGAAGCUCUGCCGGCUGGAGGGAAGAGCUCGCAGCCACUGAGGAGAAGAGGAGGAGGAGGUGGAGGAGAAGAGGAGGAGAAGUGGAGGACACAAGUUAACCGCUGAGAAGUUUCUGUCAGCCUGUGGUUUUAUUAUUAUCGUAAGGGUUUGUGAAUGUUAUUAUUCAGCGUUAGUGCAUCAUUACACUCUUUUUUCUUGUUUGUAUUUAAGAACUGACACCAGAACUUAAGUUGGUGGGACGAAAAACGGCUCCUCGUUUCCACUUUAUUGUCACAUGUAUUAUAUAGUGACGGAUUAAGACCAAUGUACACGUGUAUUGAGUCUUACCGCGAUCACCUCACUCAUAAGUAACAAUGUGAAUAAUAUAAACUUAUAUUUAAAA